AUGGCAUCGAAGGGAAUAGAUCAAUCAUCUAACCAACCAGUGGGGUCUGAGUACACCUUUGCAGCGAAUGAUACUUGGCGGGAACUGCUUUGGGCAGAUAUGGUAUUGUCUAUUGAUUCUAUCCCUGAUUCUUUCUUAUGUCUGAUGCAGCAGAUGGCGAAAAACAAGCUCCUGAAGGACGACUUGCAUUAUGUAGAGGGAAUAGAGCAAUCAUUUGAGGACCGGCUAUUUGUGCGUCAAAUGUCGUUCUGGCUGAUGGUAGUCCUAUUGAUCGUGUUGAUUGCUCUUGUCGUCGAUAUUAUUUGCUUUUUGUUCCCGUCACUGUGUGCCCACAAGACACAGGGUCUAUUGGAGGGGUCGCUUCUAUACUUUCCCAAAGCCCGGAGUUUAUGGCCGCUUUUGGCGGAACACAGUUCGAACCAGAAGCAAAGAUGGCGGAGUCUACGCCGGGCCAGACACAGUAUACAACCGUUCGCAUCCACUUGGUUCAUUCGAAUUGCUGUGGUCGUUCUUUCUAUCACUGUGAUUAUUGGCCUCGAAGUCGUCUAUCGUAUCUCUACUAGUCGACGUGGGAUUACCCUGGUUGAUGGGAAAUCACCUUAUAUUCACUAUAUCUAG